CGCGGCGCUUGGGGGCCAGAAAGGAGCGCGGUGAACUCGCCGGUAGUGGCCGCGGUUGUGCCGGAGGAAAGCUCGAGUGGCUGUGUCGCCAUGUCUCACGGCCACAGCCACGGCGGGGGCGGUUGUCGCUGUGCAGCCGAACGAGAGGAGCCGCCCGAGCAGCGCGGCCUGGCCUACGGCCUGUACCUGCGCAUCGACUUGGAGCGGCUGCAGUGCCUCAACGAGAGCCGCGAGGGAAGCGGCCGCGGCGUCUUCAAGCCGUGGGAGGAGCGGACCGACCGCUCCAAGUUUGUUGAAAGUGAUGCAGAUGAAGAGCUUCUGUUUAAUAUCCCAUUUACCGGCAAUGUCAAGCUCAAAGGCAUCAUUAUAAUGGGAGAGGAUGAUGACUCACACCCCUCUGAGAUGAGACUGUACAAGAACAUUCCUCAGAUGUCAUUUGAUGAUACAGAAAGAGAGCCAGAUCAGACCUUUAGUCUGAAUCGGGAUCUUACAGGAGAAUUAGAGUAUGCUACAAAAAUUUCCCGUUUUUCAAAUGUCUAUCAUCUCUCAAUCCAUAUUUCAAAAAACUUUGGAGCAGAUACCACAAAGGUCUUCUAUAUUGGCCUGAGAGGAGAAUGGACUGAGCUUCGGCGACAUGAGGUGACCAUCUGCAACUACGAAGCGUCGGCCAACCCGGCAGACCACCGGGUCCAGCAGGUUACCCCACAGACACAUUUCAUUUCCUAGGGCUAGCCCGGGCUUCCACGGAUAUGCUGUGUCAGUGAGGAGUACAACUGCGUGCUGGGAAGGAUGGAGGUGCGGCUCCAGCACGAGUUGGCUGCCACAGCUUCUGCCGAAACCUUGUCCUUGGGUCUCGCCGCAGAAACCUGGCCUGUGGAAGACACCACACCACUAGGAGAGUGCUGUGGGUGCCGAGGAACAAUUAUCUUUCUGUAGAGUGCUACAGAAAUUGGGUUUUGGGCUGGGUGGCAUCUGUCAGUCACGGAUAAUGCUUGCUUUUCCAGCCAGUGUGGCCACAGAAUCCCAAGUGUCUUGGUUUGUGGCAGGAGUUUUGUGUGACUCGUUUUUAAAAAAAUGGAAACUCCUGGGCUGUAGACAAUCUCUGAAGCCUCAGAACUAUGUGUAUGAGCCAUCAGGAGGGUCUCCAACUAGAAACCCUGUCCCUGCCUGCUCGUCUGUCAUUGCUCAGCAUUCUUGUCAAGUUGCUCAGCUUGGAGUCGUCAUGCACAAGUGUCCUGUGGUUAUAGUCAGAAAGGCAGAAGUCUCCUGAUGAUGCCUGAUAGCCUGGGGAAGGGUCUUCUUUCCUGCUAUCUAGCUAAGCAAUCUGGGAAGAGCAUGGGAAUCAUUUCUGUGUUUGUGGCUAGCCUGGUUGGUCUAAGACUGAGACUUAGUUAAGAUUCCAUGGGAACCUCCUCCAUAUUUAUUAGCUUCUAACUUGUGUUGUAAGCUCAGUGCCAGAAUUUGGAGGUCUCUUGAGUUCUUCUGUUCAUAGCUUUUAUUCACUGUGACUAAUAAGCUUCUUAAUAAAUCCUUGCCAAAUGAUGUUUGUGUUUUCUUUUGGGCUCUCAGUACU